UUAAUUCUUCUUCCGGCUUGGUCAAGAUGGCUUCUCAGCAGCAGCAGCAGCCCGGUGGGCCGAUGUCUCAGGCCGGGUUACAACAGCCCACUUCAUUACAACAACAGCAGCAGCAGUUAAGCCAACAGCAGGACUUUGAUCCGGUUCUCAGAUUUAAGAUGCUCAUCCCACAGCUGAAGGAGAGUCUGCAGAAUGUAAUGAAGAUAGCAUCCUUGAAUUUGGCCCAUAACACGUCAAUUGACAACGGCAUCAAAAGCAGCGACGCCUCUGUUCAGCGCUUUGACAAAAGCCUAGAGGAGUUUUAUGCCCUUUGCGAUCAACUGGAGCUGUGUUUGCGGCUGGCAUAUGAGUGCCUCUCCCAGAGCAUCGACAGUGCCAAACAUUCACCCAACCUGGUCCCAACAGCCACCAAGCCAGACACCGUGCAGACAGAGUCCAUGUCCUAUGCCCAAUACCUCGGCAUGAUCAAGUCUCAGAUCUCCUGUGCCAAAGAUAUUCACAACGCUUUGCUGGAGUGUUCCAAGAAGAUCGCAGGAAAGGCACAGCCUCAGGGAAUCAUGUAGUCCUUGGCCCAGACCAACCCAACUCUUUUUGCAUCUAGUGACACUUUUGAAAAA